AUCAAAACGAAGAAGAAAGCGCUAUUCUAUUGCUGGGUGAAAAUACUGCACAAUCAGAGCCAGAGUUUCUUCAGAGGAGUGAAGAGUACCUCAGCAUAUUUCUGAACUUAGCUUGCCUAAGUAACUCAAAGCCUGAAUGGAUUUAACCGAGCAGAUCAACCAGCUGGAGGCGGAUUUGCUGGAGCUGGGCUCACUCUUGGAGAAGGCAGAAAGGAAACGAGUGCAGGAGCUGCUGAAGCAGGAGCAGAAAAAGGUGGAGAAGGAGCUUGCAGUCAAACAACAACAGAAGGCACAACAGGCCAGGAGAGAGGCAGAUCCAACUGCCCCUAAAACAACAUACACAGUGAAGAUCACCAACUAUGCGUGGGACCAGUCGGAGAAAUUUGUCAAAAUUUACCUUACGUUGAAGGAUGUGCACAAAAUACCAUCCGAAAACGUGGAGGUCAACUUUACAGAAGGGUCAUUUUCUGUGAUGGUAAAAGAUCUAAAUGGGAAAAACCAUCAGAUGACAGUCCUGAACCUGUUGCAUCCAAUUGAUGUAAAUGACAGCUAUAAAAAGGUAAAGACAGACAUGGUCCUGGUCAUGUGCAAGAAGCAGACAACAAAGAAGUGGGAUUGCUUAACAAAGGUGGAGAAGCAGUCUAAAGAGAAAGAAAAACCCAACAUGGAUGACAGCACAGACCCCAGUGAUGGUCUGAUGAACAUGCUGAAGAAGAUUUACUCAGAGGGAGAUGACGAGAUGAAGAGAACCAUCAACAAAGCCUGGACAGAGUCCCAAGAGAAGAAAAUGCGAGGAGAAGACAUGAUGGACUUCUGAACCACACUUGCUGCUUUACCACAGCAGGACAAAGUGAGAGCAGCCAGGGAUACAGCUGACAUGACUUGAAUAUUAAAUGCUAGGGGUUGAAACUAAAGUUGAAUAAAUAUAAAUAUUUUUUUUCCACAAAACCUAGACAUUCAAUAUACAGUGCAUAAAAAAGUUGUAAUGAUUAAUGUCUAAGGUCUGGAUGGCCUUGUUUUGUUCUGUGGUGCAAUGUAGAAACCCCUCAAUAAAUUACACAGAAAAUACUUGUUCAAAUAUAAGUGCACUGACCAGCAGAUGGCAACCAUAACGUAGCAAGAAAAUGCAACACUUUUUUUUUUUUUUUUUAAUUAAGUAAAUUGGACCAAGCUAAAUGAAAUAUGUAAGACAUGUUCUGUUAAGUCACAUUUUAAUAUUGUUCCUGUGCACUUUAACUGUGCAGCUGAUAUUUAACGUUUUCAAAGUACAUUUGCCAUCGUCAUGCUCAGUAACUUAGUGGAGAUGAACACAGGGCUCCUCUGACUUCUUUUACAGUCUUCAUAUCAGCCUUUUAUUUUUUUAAAAUAAUUAUAUAUAAAGCUGCAAAGACAGUACUGCUUAUGCAUCAGUCAAGUGUGAUUAUUUGCAAUUCUGUUUGGGCGUGUGUUUCAUCAUUCCUGUUACCUGUUGUAAUGCUCUAAAAGACGUUCUUUGUAAUUCGUUACUGUGACAGUUUCCCACUAUAAUCUGUUGACAGAUUCACUAUUAAGAGGAUGUGCUCGUGAUGUGUUAUCAUUUUACUGUGGCUUUUGUCAACAUGCAUUAUUUCCAAAUGUCAGGUUGUUCAUGAAGUUUUCACAAAUACAGAUCUUGGACUGAC